AUGUCUUCAAUUGUCUUGCCGUCUAGAGGAAAGUGCAUCCAGGUCAUUGACAACAUCCAGUAUUGUCAAUGUCAAUGGUUCUUCCCUCCUAAUUCGAACACCUGCGAGUGUGGACAUGGUAUCCACGCACAUACAGACUAUGUUUCGACGGUCGUCCAUCACUAUCCCAUGAAUCAAUGUGCCGCGUUCGUCCAGCAAACGUCGAUGGAACAACGUUGCACCUGUGGAGUCCGGUUUUGCGAGCACAUCACUAUCAAUAACUCAUAUCGUUUCCCGGAGCCAUGGACUGUUUUGGACUAUUUCAAUCCAGACAGUGAUUCCCCUUCUCCUAGUGCCAUCGCGAGCGAUUAUUCCGAUGAUGCCAACAGUUCAUUCGCCCUGAACACCACGUCCUUUCCUUCCACCGAUUACAACGACACCAUUUCUUUUGGCGACGCAAGGAGCACUCCCUUAAUUCCUGAACCCAUUUAUUCUUCUUAUGCCACCAGCACCUCAUCCACUAUUCACCUCGAUACCACCCAGACCCCGGGAGGCUAUAACUCAGAUGACUACUUUGCUUAG